GCGGCUCGCGGGGGCCCGACGCGCUGCCGCCGCCGCCGCCGCUCACUUCCGGCGGGCGGGAGCCGAGGGGAAGCGGCCAUGGGGCGGCGGGAGCGGCCGGCGGCGGGGCCGGGCGGGGCGGGGGCGUCCCGGCCACCGGCCUGAGAGCCUGGAACCCACAAGUGGCAUCCUGACAUCGAGGAGCAUCACAAACCCGGGAUGACCGGGAAGAAGCCGCUUUGGUUGCCAGUCCACAUCCCUGAGCGCUCAUUAAAAGGUGCCAGCACGUCCGGUCUCGGGAGGCGCUCGAGAUAGAGGAGCUGGGCCUGGAUCCAUUCUGAGCUUCCGAGGUAGACCUGGGGCGUGCCGUCCGUGCUGCCCCUCCCCAGGGAGUCAUGGAGGACAAACGCAACAUCCCCAUCAUCGAGUGGGAGCACCUGGACAAAAGGAAAUUCUACGUCUUUGGGAUUUGCAUGACUAUGAUGAUCCGGGUGAGCGUUUACCCUUUCACGCUCAUCCGGACGCGACUGCAGGUUCAGAAGGGCAAGAGCCUCUACAACGGGACCUUCGACGCCUUUGUGAAAAUCCUGCGGACAGAAGGGACGGCUGGGCUCUACCGUGGCUUUUUGGUCAACACUUUCACCCUGAUCUCCGGACAGUGCUACGUGACGACGUACGAGCUCACUCGGAAGUACGUGUCCCGCUACAACAACAACAACGCCGUGAAGUCUCUGGUGGCGGGUGGCUCGGCCUCCCUGGUGGCCCAGAGCAUCACGGUGCCCAUCGAUGUGAUCUCCCAGCAUCUCAUGAUGCAGAGGAAAGGGGAAAGCAUGGGCAGGUUCAAGGUGCAGAACCAGGACGGCAAGCGGAUGCUGGUCUUUGGCCAAACCAAGGACAUCAUUGUGCAGAUCUUCAAGGCUGACGGUUUUAGAGGUUUCUACAGGGGCUACGUGGCCUCUCUGCUCACCUAUAUUCCCAACAGCGCGGUCUGGUGGCCCUUCUACCACUUCUAUGCUGAACAGCUUUCUAGCUUGACUCCUAAAGACUGUCCCCACCUCCUCCUGCAAGCGAUCUCGGGGCCGCUUGCGGCUGCCACCGCUUCCACGCUCACCAACCCCAUGGACGUCAUCAGAGCUCGGGUUCAGGUGGAAGGCAAGAGCUCCAUCAUCCUUACCUUCAAACAGCUCAUGGCAGAGGAAGGUCCCUGGGGCCUGACGAAAGGUCUUUCUGCCCGCAUCAUCUCUGCCACUCCCUCCACCAUCGUCAUCGUGGUGGGGUACGAAACUCUGAAGAAGCUGAGCCUCCGCCCGGAGCUGGUGGAUUCAAGACACUGGUAGAGGCAGAUGGUGGGAGAGAAACCUUCUUUUGAACCCUCCGGAUUUGGACCGUCACGGUUGAAAGCUCAGGAGAGGCGGUUGCUGUCUCCUUUGUCUCUAGCUAACGUGGAGUGAGUUUUCACAGUACAAGGCAGAAGCAAGAGCAACUGCAAUUCACCUCUUUAGAUUUGAUUGCAAUUCAGUGCUCUGCUGCUCUUUCUGCUCAAAACCAUCAAAAACGUGACCCUUGGCAGUGCUCUUUGCCUGUGGCAGUUCAUUCAAGAGCAGCCAGAUGUGUGAAUGAACCCUGGCAAAUUCUCGAUUCCCUUUUUUUUUUUUUUUUUUAAAUUAAAGACUUACUGGUUGAAG